AUCAAAUAGUCAAGUCGCAGAGGAAAAUGAAGAGCCUCUAUCAAGCUGCUGGCAGGACCCUGGUUACUCUCGGGAGCCUCAGCAUCUUCUCUGGAUCCAUUGCCUUCUUCCCGGUCUUCUCCUGUAAGCUUUGGUACACAGGAUGGAAUGUUUGGAUUGCCUGUCCCAUCUGGAACGGGGCUUUGGCUGUCACAGCUGGAUCACUUGUGCUGCUGGCUCAUAGAGAGCGGACCCAGAGAUACUUGUGGGAAGCCGUUUUCACCUUUGUAAUUCUGAGCAUUCUGGGAUGUCCUCUACAUUUCACAAUAGCCUUGCAAUCUGCCCUCCUUGGUCCAUAUUGCUUCUACUCCUUCUCAGGGGUUGCGGGGACCAAUUACCUUGGUUACGCGGUUACCUUUCCUUUUCCGUACACGAAGUUCCCGUCAGUCUGUGUGGACCCGCUCCACUAUGAAGAGUAUCACCUGACCCUUCAGGCCCUGGACCUGUGCCUGAGCCUCAUCCUGUUCUGUGUGUCCCUAGCUGUGUUCAUCAAGCUUUCUGCCAGACUGAUGCAGAACGGACACAUAAGCGGGCCAUGUGCCAAGGACUGCAAAAACAGGAUGCCCCACGCAGCCCCCACGCAGCCCCCCCGCAGCCCCCCCCCGGCCCCAUGCAGCCCCACGCAGCCCCCAUCACACACAACUUAUAGAUUGCAUCUCACGCCACUCAGAAUGGCUAUCAUCAACAGUAGCAGCAGCAUGCGCUGGUGUCCACAGGCACACCAACUGAUCGUCGAGGUGUUGAUGGGGCGGAGUGGGAACUCCUCUCAGGUGUCACUGUUCUUGGCCAGAGAUCAGACACUCUGCAAGACUCUCUACACCUCAGGUCAGCUACCAAAUCCUGACAACUACAAGCUAAAUGUUCUCCACUACCGCCGCCUCUCAGCGCUGAUUGUUAGAUCAGGCUUUGCACUCUGA